UUGUUUUCAAAGAUGAUGAUAUUCCAUCCACGAGCGCUGCAGCAGUAAUGUGUCGUGAUGUUACGACGGUACAGCAGUGGAAUAUAGCACAAAUGGUCAAGUACUUGGGCUCACAUCAAUUGUGCGUAUUAUUUGCCGAGGUAUACGGUCUGCUGCCAAAAAGCCGGCUUUGUGCCAUUCAUAAAACUCAAAUGGCAUUGCACAAACGCCACCAAGUAGGGUAUUUUAAAUGCUCCAGGGGCAAUUGUAGGACGAAGUCCCUUAUUUCAAGGGCAGCGGGCACGUGGUUUGAAGGCGUCAAAAUAAGCUUUCCCCACGUGUUUUAUUUAAUGUAUUGUUUUGCCCACCGCUUUACUCGAGAAGGAAUUUAUAGGGAAAAUUAUGUGAGCGUAGAAAAGAAAUUGUCAUCUGCCACUAUCACCGACUGGUAUAGCUACUGCAGAGAAGCAGUAGUUAUAUUUCAGUUAGACCACCAAGAAUUCAAAGGGGAGAUUGGUGGUCCAGGAAAGGUAGUGCAGAUUGACGAAAGUAAAUUCGGGAAACGCAAAUACAACAAAGGUAAUAAUAAUAAUUUAUACAUAUAUAAUGCAAUUAUGUUUAUUCAAAUACUUUUCUUUUUUUCAGGAAGACGCGUAGAAGGGCAUUGGGUGCUGGGGAUGAUCGAGGAUGGCAGUGAGGACCUCAGACUGGAGGUAUGCCCCGAAAAUGUACGUUCCGCUGAGGUCCUCAUCCCUCUCAUUCGUAAACAUGUUCACGAAGGAACAACGAUAAGGACAGACUUUUGGCGCGCAUAUGAAUGCCUCCCAGAAUAUGGUUACAACCAUGAAAAGGUUAACCAUAGCGACCCUGGCAAUCCAUUCGUCGCCGAGGAUGGCACACACACCCAAAGAAUAGAGUCUCAUUGGCGUGUAGUAAAAAGAUUAUUUUACAAAGAUAACUAUAAUAAUCCGGCAAACUUUGCUGAUGUUAUAGUGGAAUUUUUAUGGAGGCGAGAAAUCCAAAAAAAACAUACAGACCCAUUUAUUGCGUUACUGGGUGUUAUAAAAUAUGUGAGGCUGACCUAG